AUGCCGAAGUGUUUCGAAGUUCUUGACUUUUAUGUCCUAACACCUUCCUUCACCGCCAAAAAGGGCAAAUUUCUCUGUACAUAAAUCCAAGUCAAUCGAGAUUAGUUGUCUUCCUCCAUCUGCAUGGUCUUCAAGAACCAAGAAAAGCUGUGUUCUGUUUGGUUCGUGAAUCAAGAUUAGUUUAUUCAAUAUGGGAAAUCUCAACGGCAUUCACGCUCGUGAAAGGAGAAAAACAAAGUGGACGACAAAGCGUAUAGAUUUGCUGAUGAACAGCAACCAUGCUAACACGCAUGAAGGAAUAAAAACAGUGAAGGCUGGUAACGUUUGUGACUUCUCGAGAGACUCCGACCUCUGCAUUUGCAUAUUGACUUGGAACAUGAAUGGUCAGGUCUCAUACGAAGAUUUGGUUGAAAUGGUCGGAAGCGACAGGAAAUUUGAUGUAUUAGUGGUUGGUCUGCAAGAGGUGCCUCGGAGAAACCUUGGACGACUGCUUCAAUCAGCUCUCCUAGAUACUCACAUCCUAUUAGGAAAAUCCAUCAUGCAAUCUCUGCAGUUAUAUGUGUUUGGGCCCAAAGAUAUCGAUUCAGAGUUAUCCAUGAAAGAAUUGAAGGUAGACAAGCAUUCAAUUGGGGGAUGUGGAGGAUUGAUCAGGAGAAAGAAAGGAGCAGUCGCAAUCCGAAUCAACUAUAAAGGAAUCCGAAUGGUUUUCAUUUCUUGCCAUCUCUCUGCUCAUGCUCGCAAUGUGGAAGAGAGAAAUUAUGAGUGCAGAGACAUAUCACACUCUCUCUUCUCCGAUAAGAACCCUUACGCCAGACCUGCCCAAAUCACUAUCUGGUUGGGAGAUCUCAACUACAGAAUACAGGCAAAUACACAUCCUGUUCGAAACUUAAUACACAAAAAUCUUCACACAUCGCUCACGAGUAAAGAUCAACUUCUACAAGAGGCAGAAAGGGGUCAGAUCUUUGAAGGGUAUUGUGAGGGGACACUCACAUUCAAACCAACAUAUAAGUAUAAUGUCGGAAGCAGCAACUAUGAUACUAGUUACAAGGUGCGGGUCCCAUCGUGGACAGAUCGGAUACUGUUCAAGAUAGAAGACGCAGAAGAAAUGACUGCAACAUUACACUCUUAUGAAUCCAUUGAUGGAAUUUACAGUUCUGAUCAUAAGCCAGUAAAGGCUCACCUCUGCUUGAAACUCAACAACAAUAACUAGAAAGUCUUACCCAUUUUAGGGUCUCAUUUUGACAUAUUUUUAGAUUUCUUAAUUUGUGAAUAAACGUUUUUGUCUAUUUGUAAAUCUCAAACUAUAUCAGAGUUGAUGUAAUUAGUUUUGUAUGGUAAUCUUAAUUUUUUUUUCGUCUUUGGAGUUUUGUUUGGUGUUUAAUACCUU